GCAUAGCGCAAAGCAGUGGAGUAGUGUACCCUGCUCAGCCUGACAUUUAUCACACAUAGGGGAUGUACCAGGAAAUAUCCUAUGCAGUUUGGUUUUGGAAUAGUGUAAUCUGUGUAAUAAUUGAAUUAUCCAAACUUGCUACGUUAAUUAUCCUAACCUGCUGCGUAAAUUCUAAAAAUAUAUUCUGUGCCAUUCUGACAUAAACCGUAUCCCGUCUAGUCACAUCCCUUAGAAGGCUUGACAGCGCCGCCCAGAGACAAAAAUGUAGAAGUACAGCUCAAUUGAACAAGGCCUAUGUCAGUAGCACUGUUCACAGUAGUAUUAAUUUAGUAGACUACAUCAUAUAAUAUAAGUAAAUACAAGGGUCUCUUUGUCUACAAAUUGGGUAAGAAUUUAGGCAUUUUGACAUUCCAAGUCCAAUAUGUUUGUGUAAACUUGUAAGGUUAGGCUACUAUAUACUGUAGGUCUAGUGAAAGGUAUGCAGUCCAUAGGGCUAGCUAGACUCUAUAGGCUAUAGUCAAUAAACUGAAGAAAGAGGUUUCAGUUUUUUCCCAUUGUGAAAAUUAAUGUAGAAAUGGAAAUCAUUGAAAUUAUAGCAAAGGCAUGUAGCCUAUCUGGAAACAGUGGAAUGACCAUCCUGCUAACCAAGAAGGGGCUUAUGAGCUUUUCUGGUCACUUGACUUCACAAACAAUGAGGUCUUUAUAAUCAAAAAGGAAAAUUGCCACACUGAUGACCAUAAAAUAGGUCAAAUCCAAUAAUUCAAUAUACCUCUUCUUAGUUUUUGUGCAUGGUUUUCAAAUAAGACCUGGGCUAUACCUUUUAAAUUGCACCUUUCAUAGGCCUACUGAUAGCACAGAGUAGCCUAAAGGAAUGCUGUCAAGAGUUCAUUAAACACCUUCAUGCUAGUGAUAAUAACACAGCCUAGGCUACAAUGGAAUCAUCACACCUACAACUAGUAUGGGUGUGACCAGACCAUAAAUAGCCUAGGUUUAAUCCAUAAGUAGGCUGCAGUUGCUUUACUUGUAUAAAUAGUGCCUUUUUAUUUGUUGGGCUCAAUGAACGAGAUUCAAAAUGGAUAGCAAUGAAGUGUCUGCAGAAUUAAAGAAAGAGCGUCCAAACAAAUCCCUUCUACUGGCAAUUUGUGCAGCUUGCAUUGGAGGAACCUUUCAAUAUGGUUAUAAUAUUUCGAUCAUCAAUGCCCCCACCAAGUCUGUGCAGAAUUUCAUCAACCAAACCUGGCUGGAGCGCUAUGAUGAGGACAUCUCAGAGCAAUACCUCACUCUCCUGUGGUCCAACAUCGUGUCCAUUUUCACAAUAGGAGGAUUUAUUGGAGCAAGUAUAGGUGGAACACUGGCCAUUAGAUUUGGGAGAAAGGGGACACUAAUGAUGAACAACGCAUUUGCCUUACUGGCUGCUCUGUUGAUGGGCCUGAGCUACCCCACUGGAUUAUUUGAACUGCUCAUCGUUGGACGAUUUUUCACAGGAGUAAAUGCGGGUAUCGGCAUAUGCGUUCAGCCACUGUAUCUGGGGGAAAUCGCCCCAAGGGCACUUCGUGGUGCCAUGGCGAUGGGGACUUCUAUUUUCAUCACCGGGGGCAUCCUUACUGGACAGGUGAUUGGGCUUAAUGAGCUCCUCGGUAAAGAAGAACACUGGCCCAUCCUGCUCUGCACCACCUGUAUCCCAGCGUUCCUGCAGCUCAUCAUACUGCCCUGGUUCCCAGAGAGCCCUCGCUACCUGCUGAUCGACAGAGGGGAUGACGUCGGAUGUAGAAAAGCGAUGAAGCAACUCCACGGCGCGGAUAACUUUGAUCGCGAGUGGGAGGACAUGGAGAGGGAGAGGGUCAGCGCCAUUGGCAUUAAACCCAAGAAGCCCUGGCAGCUGUUCAUGGACCGCAGCCUCCGCUGGCAAGUCCUCACCAUCAUCCUGCUCAACGCUGCCCAGCAGCUCAACGGCAUCAACGCUAUUUAUUUUUAUACAGAUUAUGUGUUUGAGGAGGCCGGAAUUCCAGAUGUUAACAUACCCUACGUAACUGUGGGCACAGGAGCCUGUGAAUGCCUCACUGCCCUUACCUGUGGCAUGCUGAUCGAAUCUCUGGGACGAAAAGUGCUUAUCAUCGGAGGGUAUACCCUCAUGGCUUUCUGGUGCAUUUGCUUCACUCUGACCCUCACCUUCCAAGGAGCAGGCCUAUGGAUGCCUUAUCUUAGCAUGGGAUGCGUCUUUGCUUUCAUACUCAGCUUUGGCUUGGGACCAGGUGGUGUGACAAACAUCUUGACCACUGAGUUAUUCACUCAAACCAGUCGGCCUGCUGCGUACAUGAUCGGUGGGUCCGUGAACUGGCUCAGCUUCUUCGUCAUUGGCAUGGUGUUUCCAUUUAUUGUGACUAAGUUGCAGCAGUACUGUUUCCUGGUGUUCUUGGUGAUUUCUGUCUUGGUGGCUGUAUACAUAUUCCUGGUAGUCCCUGAGACCAAGAACAAAACCUUCCUGGAGAUCCAUACGGAGUUCCAGUCCGGAGACAAGAGGAAGGCUUCAAAAGCAGAUGACGGCCCAAGGACAACAUUGUUGUCAACCCCUCUGUGAAACACAGCUCCAGUGUUUGCUGAAAGGACUUGUCAAACCUGUACCACAUUACUUAUUAUUCAACAACUGACAGUGCUAUGAAUAUCUCAUUGUCAUAUUGAUACAAAGUUCCAGAAUGUGUGUUCUUUGUCAGGGAUUGUGAAGUGUAGACAUUAUAGUAAUUGGAACACAGGAAUCAACAAAAUUAACUAGAUACUGUUAAAGGGAUACUCUGGGAUGUUGGCAAUGAGGCCAUUUAUCUACUUCCCCAGAGUCAGAUGAACUCGGAGAUACCAUUUUUAUGUGUCUGCGUGCAGUUUAACGAAAAUUGCUUACUAGUGCUAGCGUAAUUGCUAAAUAACGUUAGCGCAAUGACUUAAAGUCAGUACCAUUGACUUGCAGACAUUAUGCCAAUCCAGACAUUAUGCUAAUCUGACUUUGAGGAAGUAGAUAAAGGGUCUCAAAGCCAAAAUCCUUUAGUAUCCCUUUAAUGUUGCUGAUAAGUCCAGAUCAAUGAUUUAUAUAUGCAUGAGAUUUACAUUUGACAUUUUAUUCAUUUAGCAUACGCUCUUGUUCAGAGCGACUUACAGUUAGUGUGUUUUCCUCAAUAAAGUAGCUAUCAGCAAAGUCAGAGCUAGUAAGAGGGAAAAGGUAAAGUGUGAGUGUUUGUUCACAAAAGGCUGUUUUUUGGGGGGGUGUCAGGGUGAGAGGGUCGGUGCUGUAGGAUUAUUUAAGAUAUUCUUUGAAGAGGUAGGGUUUUAGAUGUUUUCUAAAGAUGGACAGAGACUCUGCUGUCCUAGCUUCAGUGGGAAGCUGGUUCCACCUUUGGGGUGCCAGGACAGAGAAGACCUUGGACUGGGCUGAGCAGGAGCUGCCCUCCCGUAGGGUUGGGAGGGCCAAGAGACCAGAGGUGGCAGAACGGAGUGCUCGGGUUGGGGUGUAGGGUUUGAGCAUAGCCUGAAGGUAGGGAGUGACAAUUCCAAUUGCUGCUC